AUAAUAGCGACGGGAACCUCUCGUCAUAACAAUCAUCAUUUCUUCGUGGAAUUCUUCGGUAAAUCGGUGUAAGACCCCCGAAGUGAUAUAAAAAAAAUCGAGGAGGUGGUGGUAAACUCACCAGUGCAGAAACGGUUUAAUCCGUCAACGUAAUAGCUCUUCCAAAAGCAAGUGUAGAUUAAUUUUCUUGGCGUUAACGUGCCCUUGCGCAAGUUCAGCUUGACUGGAUUUCAUCGACUCUUGGAAUAGUCGUAUUUCCUUAUUAAAAUCGACAUUCAAACAUGGCUUAUUGAAAAGAUGAAGGGCCAUCAGAUAUUCACUGUUUCUCCAUACGGAGGAGAGUUCAUCUCUGUCUACGAUUACAAUAUUUUUUUCGGAUUUGGAGAGGUGGGGGUUCGUCCUUGCGAUGGACAAAAAAUCGUCAAAAUCACAUCACAGUCAGCAGAGCGCAAAUAAGAGCGCCACUGCUGAGUCUAAAAAAAAUCAAGAUGUCGUCAAUGGUAAAACUUUCCCAAAAACUCCGCGUCGGCGUGAAUCACCUGGCGCCAAUGGUUUCUCCAAGAAUGAGCAAUCUCGCAGAUCCAAUCAUCAGAAAACGCGAAACUUUGAUAAGAGACCCAAACCUAAAGGACAAUAUUAUGGCGGUGCAAAGGAGGAUACCAAGGUAGUGGAUGAAAAUGCAGCCGAGUAUGGCUCGGUGAUGGCUCCAGGAAGUAAAAAGCAGAAUUUGAAUCAUCUGCUGAAUUUUCAUUAUGAACCACGUGAUGGAAUUCACGGUGGGCGGAACAAUUACGGGAGAUCCAACUACAAUAACAACAAUCGUUGGUUACCAUCUGUCCAGCGGCACAAGUACAACAAGGAGUUAUUUUUACAAGCAAACUGUCAGUUCGUCGUUAGGAGUGAUGGAGACUAUUCUAUUCAUUUAAUUGAUCCUGAUACACUUGUGGAUUGGAAAUUAAUUGAGCAAAUUAAAAUCUACACAUCAGAGAGUCUAUCCUGCCCCAUCUGUCUGUGUCCCCCAAUAGCUGGAAAGAUGACUCGCUGCGGUCACGUCUAUUGCUGGCCCUGCAUACUCCACUACCUCUCUCUCUCCGACAAAAACUGGCGCAAAUGCCCCAUUUGCUACGAGUCGAUCCACAAGUCGGAUCUUAAGAGUGUCACGGAAAUCACACAGCAGCAGUUGAACAUUGGUGACACAGUCAACCUCCGACUGAUGCGUCGCAAGAGAGGCUCUCUCCUAGCUGUCCCUGUUGAGGACUUCCACACCCCAGACCCAGAUGAUUUCUUUACUAUUUCUGAUCAGAAAGAUCACUCCAACCAGAUCUACUCAAAAUUACUGAGGGCUGAGGUUCGUCAUGUCGUUGAAAUCAUUGAUAAUGAAAAGAAUCAACUGAAAUUCGAGCAGAUGAUGGACCCACAUUCGCCAGAGAAUUGUUUCAUAGAGCAGGCACUUUCUGAAUUGUCUGAUUGGGAAGAGAGGAUUCUGAAGGGAGUUGUGAAGGGCGGGGGAAAUAUUACAGGGAAAAAGAGUGAUAAUAAUGUGGUAGAGGGGCAGAAUGGAGGCGCUCUUGCGGACAUUUGUGAAGAGAAGAACACAGGCGAAAGGAAGAAUGAUGGCGGAGUGACUGGGGUGACCACCCCAGGACAGCAGAACUUGCCGAAAUUUUUUUAUUUUUAUCAAGCUGAAGAUGGACAGCACAUCUAUCUCCAUGCAAUGAAUGUGAAAAUGCUAGAGGUGCAGUACGGCGACCUAGAACACUCUCCCCGAACUCUCACUGGUAAAAUCCUCGAGAAAGAGGGUGGCAGCUUUACUGAAGAUCUCCGCAAGCGAAUGCGAUACCUUUGUCAUCUACCCCUUACUUGUUCCUUUGAGAUUGCUGAGAUUGAGUUGACGACACCUCUGGUGUCCGCUGAUGUUCUUGAUUAUUUUAAAGAGCAGUUGGAUGCUCGAGAGAGACGACGCCGUCGUCGUGAACGCGAUGAGAAGAAACGAGAGAAGAAAAUCACUGCUGAAGAGAAUAAAAAGCUGGGGAGAUAUCCCACAGCCAAAGUGCAUAUCGAGUCUCAUAGACAUUUCCCAGGCUGGCCAACUGAACUGCCAUCUUCCAGCGCUACAAUUUCAACGCCUCCAGAAUCAAUCGCAUCGUCAAGCGUCGCGAGUAGCCCCUCACACAGCACCCUAGGUGAUUCACCUGGCAUUUUCACCGAUUCCAUGUGUUCGUUGCCCUCUCAAAACGACCAAGGACCUUCCUUUGCCCAAAUGCUCCGUAAUGAAAAUUCCAACAUGUCUGAUUCCAAAGUUUGGCCUUCAAUGACUCCUUCCCUUCCACUACGCAAAUCCAGUAAUGUAAUUGCACCCCAGAAUGAGGAUGAUUAUGCUCAGGCGCCGAGUCACAGUCAAAGUUUCGGCGAUGUGCUGGCUCUUGCCCUCGAGGCAUCGACUAUCCAGGAAGAUCCAAUUCCCAGGGGAAAAGCCAAGAAGAAUAAGAAAAGAGGAAAAGCUACUCUUCUCUAUGCAAGUGGAAUGGCACGAUCUUCAUAAAUUAAAAAUUAUUUAUAUUUAAAAAUGGAAAAAAUUAUUUAAGAAAAAUGGCAGUGAGGGAAACAGUAUAUUUUGUUUUAUGAUUGAUUGUCAAUAAAUAUUUCCCAUAGAUUUUCAGAAAAAAAACAGCGACAUUUAAUUUGCAAGGGAAAAAUGAGGUCAAGUAAGGUAAUUUUUAUGAAAAAUUUCUCCAUUUCCUUCAGUAUGAAAAGUACUCAACAAAAAUUCAUCAUGAAAUUUAAUUAGAUGACAUCCUGAAAAUUGUAGGAAGAGACGGUCUUCUGAUUCUGUGAAGAAGAAUCCAAUCAUCUAUUGGUGUCCCUUUCUAUUGCUAUAAAUCUUUAAUAUUUGAUUUGAAUAUUUUUUUUCGAAAACAAAACCACCGGCUUUACAGUAAAAUUGACGUAUCCUGUUUCAUCCGUUGCCACCCAAAUUGUUUUAGAAUAAUUUUCAUUAUUUGUUAUCAACGAAACCAUUGGCGACCGAAAACCGUUUAGAUUCCAGUUCUGUGUAAUCACUGAGAAUAAAAAUAGAAACGACUAAAUUACUUGGUCGUAUCAUAAAACCAAA